AUGUCGGCAUCAUCAAUCGAACCUAAUAAUGACGUCAAAGACAAUAAACUACAAAGAAGGGAUGGAAUAAAAGAUGAAUUUCAAAACAAGGACUGGAAAGAUAAUCAGCUACAAAACAAUAAUGCGAAAACUAAUGAACUACAAAAUUGUGAUGAUAUAACAAAUGAGUUUCAAAGCGACGAUGGAAAAGAAAGUCGACUACAAGACGACAACGAGAAAUAUAAAGAAUUACAAGUCGGUGAUGAGCUAGAAGAUGACUUUCAAAGUGACAAUGAGGAAAACGAUCAACGACAAGAUGAUGAUGAGACGAAAGAUAAACUAACAGUCGUCACAGCUUCAUCUGAACCUAUUACUAAGGGUCUUGCAACUUCUCGCAAUUCAUGGACUGUGUAUCCUAUCACGUGGUACUUACUACGUCAUGCUGAACCAAAUCAUAGUUGGAAAAUUCAAGCUGUAUUUGGUAAAGAUAUCAAAUUUGAUUUUAACAGCAGCAACGCUUUGAAUGUCCAUAGGCAAGAUCUAGAUGCACUCGAACUUAUUAUACGUAUGAUUGGCUUUUUAUCUAUUAAUCAAGAAAAUAUAAUUAUUGGCUCAGUAGCUUCAUUAUUUGCAUCAAUUAUUCUAAGAAAUUUAUCUGACAAGCUCGAUGUUAUCUUACCAACAAUCUAUGAAAAUAUUUGGGCAUCUUUCUGUCAAGGUUUAGUAAAGUUAAUUAGUAUUAAAAUAUUUAAUCGAGAAAACGAAAAUGAGACAAAUAAUACUAUUGACUUACUUUCAAGAAUGCCCGAAGGAAAACAACGAGAAGAUGUAGCAUUGAAAUUACUUAAUUUAUUCUGUCAUUUACGAUGCAAAUUGCCAAGAAACGAAAUAAUGAUGUUGUAUACAUUAGUUAAAUCUGAUGAUUUCUCAUUGAAAUAUCUCGAACUAGCUGUUUCAGUUGAAACUUACAUUGAUUAUCUUAGUUAUUUUCUCAAAAUUCAUGAAGAUAAUGCAAAUGAUUUUAAAGAUAAUAUAAAAGAUCAACUUGAUGUACUUCUUGAAAGUAAUCAUCUUCCAAUUAAUUUAUCCGAUAUUACAUGUAUUCUCACUUAUUUGAAACAACAAACAGACGACAAGUCAAUUCAACUAAUUCAAUCUAUUUUCCAAACAAAUGAUACAUUACGAAAUAAGAUUGAACCAUAUUUAUAUGGAAGAAAUUAUAAUAUUUCCUUGUGUGAAUUUUCUCUUAUUCGUGAUAUUUUGUUUCGUUCAUAUCAUUCAUAUUUAUUACAUAAUAUCGAUCGUCAAAACUAUCUUUUCCGUACACUUUUUCGUCGAAAUGAUCGAGCAACCGAUUAUUUUCUCUGUUGGUUUGAAUAUUUUCUAUGUGAAACAGAUGAUAAUUGGAUUGAUUAUCAAGUAUUAACUCGUCAAUGGACAGAAUGUUUUAUUAGUGAUCAAAAAAUCUUUCCCGAAAUCAUGGAAAAAGUUGAUUCACUCAUCGAUCUUUGGAUAAAAGUUGCACCAAAUAAAGAUCAACGUUCAAACUUUUUUGUAACACAUAUGGUCAUACAAUGUUUCCGACAAGCUUUUCAAAACCAAUAUGAAAAAGAAAAAUUAGCCAAUGCCAAGAAUCAAUUAAGGGAUUUACACGAUCCCACAAAUCCCUUAUUUCAAUUAAUGAGUAUUGCUAAAGUACACAAUAGACAAAAUAAACUUGUAGAAAAUCUAAUUGCCCUUGCUGCAUCAAUGAUCGAAAUUGAAGAUCUUGAACUUAUAAAUGAUACUUUCAAACAACCAUCUCGAAAUACAUUUAUUUAUGCUAUUCUAUUCGAUGAAUCGUUUAGUUCAUUAUCAAUUCAUAAAACAAUUAUUAAUCGUUUAAGUCAACAAUGGACAAAAUGGGAACAAAGAAACAUUCUUGCUAGUGAUAUACGAACAUGGGAAAAAUUUACUGGAGAACAAAAAGCUAUUGUUCAUAAAAUAUGGUCUUUAGUAGGUCAAGAAACAAAAAAACAAGAUCAUUUAGAUACAGUUUUCGAUAUUUCACAAAAAGCUUUGAAAACAAAAUUAGAAACAAAUGAUAAAAUAAUUACAUGUCUCAAUACUUAUUGUCAAGAGGCAAUCGAUAAAACGAAAUAUGAUGAUCUUGUUAAAAAUUGGCAUGCACGUUUUGAAUAUGAAAAUAUCUAUUCAAUUGAUAUACCAUCAGAUCUAUCUAAUAUUUUUCCACUUGCUGAACGACUUAAUCCUUAUGCAACAGCAAUUGCUUGGCAAGCUUAUCUCGAUCAACAAACAAAAUCUAAUAAUAAAAACCGAUCAAUAGAAAGACGAGAUCUUAGGAAAUCAAUCGAACGGCAAUUGAGCGAAGAAACAGAUGAUGAUACAUGGCUACAAGAAAAAACAUUGUCAUCAGAUCAAAUCUUAAGUACAACUGAGAGACUUGAAUGUUUGAACAUACUUCAACGCGCGGAUAAAAUUCUUCAAGAUUUUCAACAAAUAUUAAAACAUAUAUGUGAACAAGGAGAUCAGAUUCCUAUUGAAAAUAUUCUUUGCUUAUUUCCUGACAUUAAUCAAGCUGAAAAUGAUCUUACAUUAUUAGCACCGUUACUUAAAAAGGAAACUCUACCUCUACUUCAUUCUAUUAUAUCAUUUUGGAAAGAUCGUAGUCAUAUUCGAUAUAUCUGUACGGGUAUUAUAAAUCUGAGUAAGAAAAUUUCUUCUAAUAUUGAUUUAAAUUUUUUGCGAAGUUUAUAUGCUAUUGAUGAACAAACAUUGAGUAAAAUAUGUUCUUUAAUCUAUGAAAAAUAUCGAGAACAAAUCGAAAAGAAAUGUUCAAAUAAUAUUCUUACAUUAUUUUCUUAUUAUGGUUCAUCAUGGGAUUUAUUUGAUUUUCUUGAUACAUUAACAGCCGAUGAUGUUUAUAAUUUACAAGAAGCUGUCAAUGAUUGGGAUGAAACAUUGGUAAAUACGAAAACAAUUUUUGAUUUUGCUACAGUGAAAAAUUUUCUUGAUCUUGCCUAUGCAGCAAUGAUAAAUAAACAAAAACAAUUGAAUGUUAUGUUACUAUCAUUUGAACAUAUAAUCAAAUGUUUUGAAAAUAUAUGGAAAAAUAAUCAAUUUGAUAGUCUUUCUAGAUGUCUUGAAUCAUCAGCAUUAUCAUUAUCAAGUAUUAAACGUAUUCAUUUAGAAUUAACUGAUAAAGAACAAUCAAAACGACGUCGAAUAGCUGAUAUAUUACAAAAAUCGAAUAUUAAUUUUAUUCGCAAUGGACAUCAUGAAAUAACAUUUGAUAUUGAUGUUAAACUUCCAAAUCAACAACAACAACAAAUAACAAUGAAUGAUGAACAAAAAGAACAAAAUAUAACAUUUACUGAUUUAAGUGAACUUCGUGAUCGUGCACGUCUACUCGAAUAUUCUAGUAAUAUACAAAAAAGUGAUAAUAAAGAACGUGAUAUAGAUAAAUUACGUAAUUUUAUUGAAUUUGUUAGUGUUGUUGAAACAACUUUAGAAACUUUAACAAUCUUAUAUACGACUGGUCAUCCAUCAGUUUCAAAAUUUCUUAUAUCCGAAAAACAAUUCUUAUGUAUAGAUGGAAAUUAUGAUGAAUUAAUACAAAAUAAUAAAAUAUUAAUUAAUUUACUUGUUAAUUGGGAAAAGAAAUUAUUUUCUAUGUAUGAAAUACAUGUUGAUUUAACAUAUUUUACAGGUGAUCAAUUUUGGCUUAUUGAAGAUUAUAUUUACAAUCCAUUAUCAUUAUCUCAUCCUGGUUAUCAUCUUCUUAGAUUUAUUGAUAUUGAUCCAAAAUUAAUUUUAAAACCGGAUAAACAAUUAGAAAAAGUAGAAGAUCGUUUAGAAAAUCUUGGAAAUUUACUUUCAAAAUUAAGACAAAAAAUUUCUUGUCAAAAAGAAAAUUUAAAAAAUGAAAAAAUUCUUCUUAUUGAAACAACAAAUGAAGGUAUUCUUCGUGCUAUAUUAUCUCUAUUUCAAAAAACAAAUACUCAAACACAUAUUCGUCAUAUUUUCUAUUGUACAACACGAACAAAUUGGAUACAAAUUCGUGGAUUUAUCUAUCGUUGUUUUUAUUCACAAACAUUUCAUCAACUUAUUCGACCUGAACUUCUUUCUCAAUCAAUUCAAGAUCAAUUUAUUUGUUUAUUACGUUCAUUAAUUAAAGAUAAACCUAAUCAAAAUUUUCGUAUUGGUAUUAUAACAACAACUAAUAUAAAAAAUCAACAACUUAUCAAUGGACUUCGAUCAAUGUGUAUUGUUGAUAUUUUACGUGAUCAAGAUUUAUUAAAUAAAAUAGAUUUUCAAAAAUUAAUUCAAGAUAUGAAUAAAAAUUGUACACUUAUUACAUCAAGAAUAACUGGUCUAGGAAAAUCAACUAUUAUUCGUCAAAAAAUAGAAAAAUCUAAUAAAAAAUAUGUAAAAUUUCCAAUCUAUGGUGAUUUUGAUGUUGAUACAUUAGCUGAACGACUUUGUUCAAAAUAUUCUCAACUUCAAACAGGAGCUAUUCAUAUUGAUAUUGGUACAACUGCUAAUAGUCAACAAUUGAAUGAAAUUCUUUAUUGUCUAUUACUUUUUCGAAAUUUUCGUUUUGGACAUGUAGCUGUUUCAAUACCAAUUGAAACAAUUGUAUAUAUUGAACUUGAUGCAUCACCAGAUGCGACUCUUAAUGAAUUACCAUUAUUUCAAUAUAUAAUUCCAUCGAUAAUUGUCGAAAAAGUCGAUUGGACAACUCUCAAUAUAAACAAUAAAGAAAUUCAAGUUGUAGCAAAUUAUUUGAAAGCUAUUGAUAGUAAAGUAAUUAUAGAACAGGAUGUCAAUCCAUCAAUAUUUCAAAAUUUAGAUUUAACAACAUGUGUUCGUCUUAUUCAAGAUCAAUUUCUUCCAAAAAAAGAUAUUAAUUACAUAACAUGGACUCAAUUAUCGAUAUUUGUUGCUGUAUUUUAUCAUCUAUUUACAGGCUUUUCACAAUGUGGUUAUUUCUUAGUUGAAUCAAUUUCUUAUACACAAUUACAACUUCGUAUGGAUCUUGUUCAAACACUUCUUCAAUCAACAAAUCAAUUUACUUCACUUUCAGUUGAAGCUGUUCGUAAACAACAACGAUCAGCUGCUAGUAACGAACAGACAAUAUUUAGUGAUGCUAUCGUUCGAUGGGAUACAAUUCAACCGUUUACAUUAGUUUUUACACCCAGUAAUGAACCAUUAUUUGUCUAUAAAAAGCCGACAGAUAUACCUCAAGCACUUGUUAAAUAUUUCGAAUUUUAUUAUCAAAUAUUAGGACAAAAUAAAAUGAUGCGAAAUACAAUUUUUCCAGAUUAUACUACACUUAAUCAUAGUCAAUUUUUUCUUAAAUUAGCUUCACUUUCACGUAAAUAUUUUAAUAAAUCAAUUUGUCCAAAAUGUUUUAGACAAUAUGAUUUUAAACAACAAAAAUGUGAUAAAUGUGAAAGUAAAGAUAUUCUUAUUCGACCAAAAUCAUUCAAUCAUAAAGAUAUUGAACAAUUUCAACUUGAUAUUUCAAAAAAAUUUGAAAUUGAUUAUGUACUUACACCAGAUAAUUUUAUUAAAAUGCUUCUUAUUUAUAUGCGAAUACAAAGUGAUAUACCUGUUUUAAUUAUGGGUGAAACAGGAUGUGGAAAAACAUCAUUAAUUCAAUUUUUAUGUCAAAAAAUUUUAGAUGAAGAACUCGAAAUUUUUCGUAUUCAUGCUGGUAUUACAUCUAAUAUUAUAAUUAAAAAAAUGCAUAAUUAUAUUCAAAAACUUAAAACAUAUACUAAUCCAGAACAACGUUUAUGGAUAUUUUUUGAUGAAUUUAAUACAACACCAAAUAUUGGUCUUCUGAAAGAAAUUAUAUGCGAACGAACAUUACUUGGAGAAUUAUUACCAGAUAAUAUGGUUUUUCUUGGUGCUUGUAAUCCACGACGACAAAAAACAGCAAAAAUUCUUCAAAAUGAUAAUAUACAUGUUGGAUUAAGAAAAAAUCGUUAUGAAAUGCAAAAACUUCUUUGUGCAGGUACGGAUCAACGUCUUUUAUAUACAGUUGUACCAAUUCCAGAAACUAUGCUUGAAUAUAUUUGGGAUUAUGGUUAUCUAAAUGAACCAACUGAGUUAGUUUAUAUAAAAACAAUGUUAAAUAUAUGUAAAGAACUUUCGAAUGAUGAAAGUCUAUUUAAUCUUAUUGUUCGUCUUCUUGUGCAAUCUCAAAAUCAUUUUCGUCAAAUUGAAGAUGCAAGUAGUGUAAGUCUACGAGAUAUUGCUCGUUUUUGUCGUCUUUAUAAUUGGUUUCUUGAUUCAUUAAUUCAACGAGAUAUAACAAAAAAAUUUAAAGAUUUACCUAAUAGUUUUCUCCGUCGAGCCAGUUUUAUUGCACUUAUGCUCUGUUAUUAUUUUCGUUUACGUUCUACUGAAUUAAAAAAGAUCUAUGUAGAAAAAAUACAAUCGAUUAUUGCAGAAGUAUAUCCAAAUGUGGCUAAGAAAUCUGAUUUUUUGACUAAACAUAUUCUUGAAGAUGAACAAAUCAAGUUGAUCGAUCAAAAAAUGGAAGUACCAUUGAACACCGCUCGAAAUCGAGCACUUCGUGACAAUAUUUUCGUUCUUCUUGCUUGUAUUGUCAAUCGUAUACCAUUAUUUUUAUGUGGUAAACCUGGAAGUAGUAAAUCAUCAGCUGUUCAAAUUGUUAUUAGUAAUCUUAAAGGAAAAAAAUCAAAAGAUUCAUAUUUUCAAACAUUACCCGAACUUGUAGCUGUUUCAUUUCAAGGUUCACAAAAUUGUACAUCGGAAAGUAUUAUAAAAGUUUUUGAACGUGCUGCUAAAUAUGGUGGAGUUCGAAAUGAUUCUGAAAUAUUACCUGUUAUUAUUUUUGAUGAAAUUGGUCUUGCUGAACUUUCACCACAUAAUCCACUCAAAGUUUUGCAUGCUGAACUUGAAGUUGAUAAUAGUAAAUAUGGUUUUGUUGGUGUAUCUAAUUGGCGACUUGAUGCCUCAAAAAUGAAUCGUGCACUAUAUUUAUCAACACCAGAUCCAGAUAUUAAAGAUUUACAAUUGACAGGUUUAAUUAUUGCUCAAAGUAUGCAACAACAAAUUGAAAGACCAAUAGUUCAAUUUGAAAAAUUUAUUAUUGAUAGUCUUUCUCAAGCUUAUUAUAAUUUAUGUGAGCAUUUAAAAGAAACACAACCAGAUUAUGAAAAUUAUUUUGGUCUUCGAGAUUAUUAUUCUCUCAUAAAAGGUAUUGCUCGUGAUAUAACAAAACUAAAAGAUAAUGAUAAAUUAUAUGAAAUUAUUCGAAAACAGCUUAAAAUCAAUUUUGAUGGUAUAUUUGAUGGUUCAACAUUUUCAUGGCAACAAUUCUGUGAUUAUAUCAAUAAACAAAAUCUCAUUGUUGAACAUACAUGUCCUCCGUUUAAUUAUCUUCUUGAUCAAACUCUUUGUAAUCGUUCAAGUCGAUAUCUAAUGCUUAUUGCUGAUAGUGAUAGUGUUAUUGAUUAUGUUGAACGUUAUAUUAAUGUUCAACAACAAAAACAAAAAAUACUUGUUCGUACUAUUGUUGGUAGUUCAUUUCCUGGUGAUCUACUUUCAGGAAAUACUUAUGCUGAAGAUUAUAAUUAUCAAGUUUUAAUGGAUAUUAUUCUUUAUGCUGAAACAAAUAUUACAUUAAUUAUGCGUCAAAUGGGUCAUCUUUAUGAUAAUCUUUAUGAUUUAUUUAAUCAAAAUUUUGCUAUAUCAGCAAAAAAAAAAUAUUGUCGGAUUGCAUUAGGUGCACUAUAUCAUCCACGUUGUCUUGUUCAUGAUGAUUUUUAUUGUAUAGUUUUUAUUCAUAAACGUGAUUUAGAUCAAUGUGAUCCACCAUUUCUUAAUCGUUUUGAAAAACAUAUUAUUGAUAUUCAAGCAUUAGUACAUCCACGACAUUGGUCAUUAUCUCGACAAUUAUAUACAUGGAUAGAUAAUUUCUUACCGAAAAAUCUUGGUAAUCAUUUUCCUCUUUUACAACAUUUAUUUGUUGAUUAUAGUCAAGAUCAACUUUGUAAUCUUGUUAUUGAUGCUUUUGAACAAUUUAAUAUAUCAAUAGAUGAUGAAGAAAAAUCUGAGAAUAUUCCAGAUAUUAUUAAUUAUUGUCAAGAAAAAUUACUUCAUACUAGUUCAUUUGAUUUACCUUUAACUCUUUCAAUACAAUCAAAUUCUGAAUGUCAAAAUUUGAUUGAAAAAUAUUAUGACUUACGUCAGUCAUUAACAUUUAACAAACUCAUUAAACAAUAUCUUGAAAAUUCUACUACUUCUCUUCAAGUUAUUUAUACAUAUACUCAAAUCUAUCAUACAAUAGAUCAUCUAUCAAGUGAUGUCGAAGAAGUUAAAUUGAGUGCUUUUAGAACUGAAUUUGAAUUAGUUAGAAAAGUAAAACGUCAUUAUCAAGCAUUAACAAAUAUUCGUCUUCUCUUAAUUCGUGUAGACUAUCAUGGUGAAUAUCAACAUAUUCUUUCACUAAAACAUGUUAUACAAAAUGAAUGUGUAUCAUCAAGUAAUCGAAAUGUUUGGAUUAUAUUUCAUUUACAACGUAAUCUUCUUAAUCAAAUAAAUAAUGAUGUUCUAUUUAGUGGCUGGUUGAUAGAUAUGAUUGAUGAUCUUAAUGAUCAAGAACUUAUUCCGAAACAAAUACUAAAUAAUCCUUCAUAUCAAAAUCUUGUUCUUCAACCAGAAUUUUGUCUAUCUGAAUGUAUAUUCGAUGGAGAUAUUCAUCGAUGUCAAUUAAAUUUUCAUUUAUUUGAUAAUAUAUUUGAUGAAUUAGUUGAUCGAUGUUUAUCAAAAUUUCGUUACAUCAAUUUUCAAACAAUAGACGAAGAAUAUAUUAGUGAAAGACGUCAUAUGCUUCUUCAACAUAUUAUUGAACAUCGAAAUAAUUCAACAUUGAAAAAUCUUCAUCUUCGUUCAAUUAUAAUUGAAUAUUUAAUGAUAUUAAUUAAGCAAUUUCCAUCAUCUAAUAAAACACGUUUUGUUGAUUGGAGACUUGAUAUUUUAACAAAUGCUGUUACAAUUGCAGGUUCACGUUCAUUUUAUCAUGCUUUUCAAGUAACAAUAUCUGUGUUUUAUGAAGCCUAUCUUUCACUUCUUUUGACUCAUCUUGAAAAAUAUCAAUUUUUCGAUGCUUAUAUUUUCAUUAUGAAUAAUCAAGAUGAUAAUAUGCAAAAUGAUUUAUCCAAACUAUGGAUAGAUUCGCUAAAAGCAUCAUUAGAAACUAUUGAUUUAACAAUAAUGAAUCUUGAUAUCAUUGAUAUUUCAUAUGCUUCUGAUCUUCAAUUACCUUGUGCAGCAGUUGAAUUUGAAAAUAUUCGAACUAUAAGAAAGAAAUUUCAAGAAUUACAAGAAUAUAAUAAUGAAUCUUCAUCGGAUGAAUAUGAUUCACGUCUUGAUCAAAUGCAUACUUCAAAUAUUUAUAAUGAUAAAUUUCUACAACUUAUGUUUACUGAUCAAAAAUGGUUUCAAUUAUAUUUUCAUGAUCAAAUAGCAAUGCAUUUAGCUGAUGCUAAAAUACAACUUUCGACUAAUUUUGUUUUUGAUUUAUUAACAAGUAAUCCAAUACGAACAAUCAAACAAUAUAAACGUUUAUUUUUUAUUGAACAUAUUGAAUUAAAUGAAAUUCUUCGUUUAUUUGAAAUUAGUUUACAAUUAGUUAGUGAAGAAAAUAUUCGAAAUAUAAUUCGAGAACAAUGGAUUGAAAUACCAUUUGGUAUAAUAAAAUCUUCUGAAUUUUAUACACUUGUCUUAGUUAAUAAUGAACAAUUCUAUCAAUUACCACCAAAAACUAUAACUCUUGAAGAACAAUCAAUAUUUGAAUAUCAAGGUGAUCCUAUGAUUGAAACAAGUCUAAUGAAUUUAAUUGAACUCAUUCUAUCAUCAUCUGUUAUUCAACAAGCAAAAAAUAUUCAACAAAUAACAACAACAUACAGUUUGAUUGCAAAAGGUAUUCGUGAUUUAAAUUCAUAUGAAGUUAAUAAUUUAGAGAAACUUCGUUCAUUUAUUAGUUUCAUUCGUUGUCUUACUACUCUACUUUCUCAUAAAGCUCUUGAUAUUCUUAAAGAUGUUUGUAAGGGUAGUUUCGAUGCUAAAUUCGAUUCAUGUUCGGAAAUUCAUUGUUUUAUUACUCAAUUACAACAACGUAUCAAAGCAGAACAAUCAACUGCCGAUGAAAAUACAAUUCAUCGAGCAUUAGUUAAACUUGAACUUGACUUUUUAAAAGAUUGGUUAGCUGAUAAUGGUAAUUCAUAUGGUGAAAUUUUAACACUUAUCAAUGAUGAAAAUAAUGAUCUUUGGUUUUAUUCAGCAAAAAUUUUUACAAUUAUUGAUAAUAAACUUGAUUUAACGUCAACAUUGAAAGAAAAUCAUGGUAAUCUUCCAUCCAAUGAUAAAUACAAACAUUUGAAUCAAUCUCUUGAAAUACCAAAUAUUUCUACAUGUAAAAUUGAACGAUUGAUGGUCAAUCGACUUCAUAUGCAUUUGAUGUUAAGCGUUCAAGGAAACGAAAUCAGUCGGCAACUUACCGAUGAGUAUCCGUAUUUUAUCGAAAAUAUUCAUGAAAUUCAAAAUGGUAAUAAACUAAAUGUUGGUCAAAGAAUUUCAUUACUUGCAUGGUUAAAAUAUUAUGCUCAAAUGUAUGCAUUUGCUUUGAAUAAUGACAGUCGAGAUGAUAUUUUAUCUGAUCUUGAUAGAUUUCUAACUAAUGCAGAUACACCAUUUUGUUCGACACUUAAACUUUUUAUUAUUAAACAAAUUCUACAAAUAUCUAAACUUACUCUGGAAGAUUUACGUGAAAUCUAUGUUAAUCGUAAUCUUUUUUGGAUAAGACCUUUUUUUCAACGUUCACAUGAUCAACAAACAACAAAUGUUCAUCAAACUCUUAUUCUUCCUCUGCCUCUUUUUCAAGGUCGAGAAGAAUUCGAACGAAUUCGAAAAAUAUUCCAUAGCACAGAUAGAAAUAAUCAAUUACAAAAAGUAAUUCAAGAAUGUAAUCAUACACAAAAAUUAUCCUAUGCUUUUCUAUGUUGGUUCAUUGAGUAUUAUUCUUGUUUUACUCAACCAAAUACAGACAUAGACAUGGACUUUAUUCGAAUUAUUCAACAUGAUUUUAGUCAAGAUUUAAUUAAAUCAUUUACACCAUUGGGUCAUCGAUUUCUCAUUGAUUUAUGUUCGAAUUUUUCGGACAAAUCUUAUUUUCGACUUCAAUCUAAAAUGAUACCAGAUGAUAUUCAUAAACGUUUACUUGCUUUAAAUAUUGUGGCUGUUUUUAUUUCUUUUAAAGCUCAUAAAACUAUUAAAUUGCUCGGCAAUAUUCUCUUCAAUAAUCAACAACAAAUGCCAAUCAAUUACGUUCAACAUCUCUCUACUAUCUACUUGCCGGGUUUAACAAUCAACAAUAUAAUUAUCAGUCAAAUGUUGUAUGUUCGAACUCGAGUUCAAGAACGUCUUGAUCAAGGUGCAUAUAUUGUUGAAUAUGGAAAAUUUAUUUAUCAAUGUUCAGAAGAAUGUCCAUGGAUGUUCUUUUUCGAAGAAUGUGGUGCUCCAGUCAGUAAAAGUAUAUGUUCUCUAUGUCAGAAAGAGAUUGGUGCUCAGGGAUAUAAUGUUCUUAUUGAACGUAAUCCACCUCAACUUCGAAUACCAAUUCCAGAAGCAUUUGAAAAAAUUAAUAAAUAUAUUCAACAAGAAAAACAAAAAAUUUGUUUUGGAUAUUAUAAUAUUAAAAAUACAAAUGAAAGUACUCUCGGUGAUAAACCUAAUCAUUUAAAUCGACCAGUUUCAUUUCGUUUUAUUCAUUUUCUUAUACAUGGUCUUCUUCAUUUUUUGCAUGAUAGAAAUUAUUUCUCUGAUGAUGAUUUAAAACAAUAUUUUAAAUUACCAAUAAAUACUUAUUUUCGUGAUCAUUUCGAAAAAGAUUAUGAUCUUCUUUGUCAAACUUCAAUCAAUUCUCAACAAUGUUAUAUAUGGCUUUAUAAACUUCUUAAUCAUCUUAUUGAUGAUGAAUUUAAUAAACAAGGUCUAUUGAAUACAAAUGAAAAUAUUAUAGAAAUUGAACAACUUAUCGAACAAAAACUUAUUUUUAAACAUAUAAAUUCAAUUGAUAAUGAAAUAAUUGAAUAUAAAAAAGCUUAUGCUGAAUAUAUUCAAAAACAACAAACAUUAGAAAGUUUUAUUGAUGAACUUUUUGAAAAUGAAGAACAUUAUCCAUUAUUAAAUUUUUUUAAUAUUACUACAUUUCAUACAUUAAAUCCGUUAGAUGAAUUUAUUUUAAAAAUACAAAAUUUACCUUUUGCUGAAAAAAAUUAUCCAGUUAGUACAUAUCUUAUUAAACGUUUAGAUGAUUAUACAAAUAUUCAAUAUUUAUAUUCAAUUAUUGCUUUUAGUAAUUAUUUAAUUGAAAAAUUUAAUCAUCGAAUUAAACGAAUUGAUGCUAUUCAAACAAAAAUGAUUUAUUAUUUAACACAAGAUAAUGAUCGAGAUAUAACUAAAAAAUUUUUUGAUGAUUUUCUUGAUGCUUGGUAUGCAUUGACUUUUAAAGAAGUUCGUUAUGGAUGUCAAACAUUUAAAUUUGAACGUAUUGUUUUAAAAGAAAAAUUUGCUGAAAAUACAAGUAUUACAAUGUUAUUAUUGACAUCAUCAAGAGAUGAUAGUAUGCUUUUACCAGCAUGUUUGAAAACAAUAGCUGAAUUACAAAAUGAAAUUGUUAAUUAUUUUCAUAAUAAUAUUGAAACAACAUCAAAUUCUAAACGAAAAUGUGUAUCAUUACAAUCAAUUCGACCUGAACAUAUUUUUUCUCUUAAUCGAAAUAGUUUGAGUACAAAAUUAAUUAAUGAUAGUAUUGUUGUCAAUUAUCAAUAUGGAAAAGGUAAAGAUAUUAUAUAUGAUUAUGAAGAAAUCGAAAUUACACUUCGAAAUAUGAUCAGUGAAUUAGUUUUAAUUGAUACAGAAAAAUUAAAUUUUUUGACAUAUCAAUUUGAAUUGUAUGGUGAAAAUACAUCUUUAAUUAAUGAAGUACGUGCUCGUAUUAAACAACAACAAAUAAUAAAUGAUAAUCGAACAAAAUUGAGUCGUUUGAUUAUGACUAUGAGUCAUGAUGAUAUUCUUCAUUAUCUUGGUUCACUUGAUAAUAUUUUUACUUAUAUUAGAACAAUUGCUGUAGAAAAAUUAACAGAUGAUAUAACUAUACAAUUAUUUAUUGAACGUUUUAUUCGUUCGAAAUCUCGUCUUAAUGAUAAUGUUCUUCGUUGGCCACAUUUUUCUGCUAUUCAAUUACGAUAUAUAAUUGAUUUUUAUGAAAUGUUUGAAGAAAUUGCAUUUGAUCAAGUCUUACGUGUCUAUAUGAGGAAAGAGCUUGUUGAAGAUACAUUUACUGAUGAAGAACGAAAACGAGUUCUUGAUGUAUUCUCUCGUGCAACAUUUGAAAAUGCGAAAAUAGCUGAAACACUCAAAUCAAUUAAUGCUUGGAUUUCAAUGCUUAAAAGAUUGAUUGUACGUGUAUUGAAUGCAAAUAUAAGUCUUGAUGUACCAUUACAACUUUAUCUUGAACGAACAGAUUUAUGGAGUGAUCGUGUUAGUUACAUUGAUCUUACAACAUUUCAAGUCGAUGAUGAUAUUUUAUUACAACAUACUUAUGUAGUUUUAACUGGUUUAGAAAAUAAACAAAAAGCAACCAAUCGAUCACAGCAACAACAGACCAAACCAGCAAUUCAAAGUGUUGGAGGGCAACGACAAAAAGCUGAUACAUGGUAUAAUCAAACGACAAAGGCAACGACUAGUACUAAAGAUAUUAGUAGUAAAAAGUCAUCUGGAAAGAAGAUUCGCUCAUAA